UGUAGCAAAAGUUAAGCGAGCUCAGUCGAAGCGAGCGCGGGGAAGUGUUCAUACCGGUGCCGCCAACAUUCAAACAAUGCACCUCAUUAUACUAGCAGCCGUAGUGACCCUUACUUCAGCGAUGCCAUCCUUCAUCGCGGUACCAGCAGACCAGAUCGCGUUCGUUGACCUCUCACAGCUCAGGGUUCGGAGGGUACCAAGGCAGACUCUUCAGCCGCCCCCUCCCCCUCCCCCCGCGCCGCUGCCUAAUCUCUACAAUCAGGAUUAUCAGCCAAUACCGUUGCAGUAUCAUCAACCCAUUCCUCUGGCUCCGCAACAAGAACAAUUACUCCAGCCUCGACUGCGGGUCCAGCCACCGCAGGAUGUGUCAGGGGCCGCUACCCUUGGCGCAGAUUCGCUAGCUGAAAGGCCCCCAGACUUCGGGGAAUACGUCGACUUCGGAGCCCACACAGGGGACCACGGGGCCUUCGGGUGGUACGCCGAUUACCCCGUCAACAAUCAUGACGAACACGCAUACAGAAAGUAAUUUACUUUAAGCCUGAAACUUGCCAAACGCACCAAAAUUUUGCAGUUUGAGCUGCUGUUAAUUUUAUUGUUACCAAAGACAGUAUUAUUUUCAUUAGUUAGGUCUUUAUGGGCAGAAUUACCGCACAUUUGUUCAAAACGGUGAAUUCAGCUGUUGUUGCACUUAAUUUUAUGAAUACCAGUUCCUUGUUGUAGUGUUAAGUUGUUAAAAAGUACACUGUGAUAUGCACCAUGUUAGUUAAAUAUAUUCCUUCAUAGUUCUGCUUCAUUCUGUUUUCCUCUUAUAAUGUUUUCUUUCUCA